AUGAAAAAUAAAUUAUAUGAUGUUAAGAUAUUCUUCAAAGACAAGAAUAUUGAUCAUGCCAGUUGUACAUGUCCAACAGGUUUGACAAAAUGUCAUCAUAUGGUUUCACUUCUUUUACAUGGGCAUACAAAUAUAUCAGUGACUAAUAUAGCAUGGAGCUGGAAAAAAAAAUGUGCAAAAGAAAAUGAAGAAGUAAUGAUUAUUGAUGAUAUGUAUUCCAAUAAAUUUAAAGCUGUUACUGAUACCCAUAAUAUUGAUGAUUAA